AUGAAGCUUUCACCAUUGUUGGUGAUUUCUUCAGCGUCGGCGCUAGAAUGCUAUACUUGUCAGACUUCAGAUCCUUCCACGUGCACGCUUGAAAAAUGCCCAAACGACGGCCAAGAAUGGGCCUGCCAAAACGAAGUGCGUUCUCAUUCUCGACAUUACUUUGUCGCAAAGGGCUGUAAGCAGCGAAUGGCGUGUAUGAACAACUCAAUUCAAAACGACCGAGCAGCGUGGAUUCCGUCCCAAUGCAACCCUCUCAACCCCUACAACUCCGUCUGCCGCUGCUGCUGCGAUGAUAGAGACGGGUGCAACAAGGAGGACAUCUUUUGUCUGGAAGCGCCGAAAUGUCCUGAACUGGAGAAGAGAAAGAAUCUCGACAUGGAAUGCACAAAAAUGAGGGAAAUAGGAUCAGAAUGUUCCUUCGAGUGCUCUGGAGAUGCCGAGCUCGUUGGAGCGACGAAGAUUUCUUGCAAUAAUAUGGCUACCUGGGCUCCCGAGCAGCCAAAGUGCGUACCAAACUGUCCAACAAUCGAAUUCGAAGGAGGUAGCAAAGAAUGCUCAAAUGGUCGACGAAGCGGGUCAACGUGCAAAUUCUCAUGCCGAGAAGGGACACGAUUAGUUGGUUCAAAGUCAACCACAUGUGCGGCUGAUGGUAGUUGGACUCGCGAAGCACCGACUUGUGAACCCAUUUGUGAUGAGCUGGAAGUAGCAAAUGGCGAUGUUCGUUGCUCGAAUCGGAACUUUUUGGAGUCCAUUUGUCAAAUUUCCUGUGAUGGGGAUUUUGAGCGAAACGGUCCAGCCACGCAAACGUGCAAACAAAUCCGGGAAUACACGGCUGACUGGGACGGUAACGGUGAAACUUCCUGUGAGGCUGUUUGCAAAGCCCUGACGGACAUCCCCUACGGAUCAACAUCAUGUUCAAACGAAAACAAACGCAACUCCGAGUGUUCAUUUUCCUGCAAUGAUCGAUUCCGCUUGCUAGGUUCUCCUAUUAUCACGUGUCAAAAAGACGGAAAAAGCUCCAAUGGCCUCGAUUGGUCCGGCCCGCUUCCAGUUUGUGAAGCGAUUUGCGAAGCAAUCCCUGUUCCUGAAAACGGCGAGAGUAGCUGCACAGACGGGCGCAAUUUAGGCUCAACUUGUGCAUUUUCAUGCCCCGCUGGGACUCGAUUAAUCGGCGAUAAGGCCUCAACCUGUACAGGAUUCGGUGGCUUAGCUAAUUGGACUACUCAAGCGCCACUUUGUGAACCAGUCUGCGACGAUCUCACCUUGAAGAACGGCGAAAUAAAUUGCACCAACGACAAUUUUCUGAAUUCAAAGUGUUCAUUAUCCUGCGCCAAAAAAUACGAACGCAACGGGCCAAGUUCUCAGACUUGCGUCGAGACCGGCCCCGCAAAAGCAGACUGGGACGGGGCAUUAACGACCACUUGUCAGCCAAUCUGUCAGCCAUUGGUCGACAUUGCAAACGGGGCCACAAGCUGCAACGAUGGAUCAAGAAUAAACUCAAAGUGCGAGUUCUCCUGUAACGAGCGAUAUCAGCUUCGUGGCUUUCCCUCUGUUACUUGCCAGCUUGAUCGGACGAUGGAAAAUGGCCUCGGCUGGUCUGGCCCGAUCCCUGGUUGUGAGCCGAUUUGCCCAGAAGUGCCUAAGGUUGAAAAUGCAGUGGUUGCUUGCGACAGUGCCACAGACAUUGGCUCCAUCUGUAAAUACGUAUGUAAGAGGGGCUUUGAACUAGUCGGCCGACCAACAACGACUUGUCUACUGGAUGUCACCGACAGCACUGCUAACUGGGAGAUAGGACUUCCACGAUGUCAACGAACGUGUGAUAAGCCAAUUGAAAUUGAAAACGGCGAGGUGUCUUGUCAGGAAAGCGGAAUUUCAGCCGGCCAAGUCUGCCAAUACUCCUGUAACUCUGGCUACGAGCUUCGAGGAGAACAAUCGACAACGUGUACAGUCACUGACGGUGGCAGUAGCUGGACUAAUGCUCCACCAAGUUGUGAGCCAGUUUGUGGAACACCGCCAGUGAUAGAGGGAGCGACAAGAACAUGUGAUAACGGAGACAGGGCGACAUACAGCGUUGAUAGCAAAUGUCAGUUUGAAUGUGGCGCGAUGUCGAGAAUGGUUGGCGAUGACAGUAUUGUCUGCAAAAAGGACUUCAACGGCCGAGCCUACUGGUCCGAUUCUCGUCCAACUUGUAUUCCCACUUGCGCCCAGCGAACUAUUCAUACACCACCGAUGGCUGUUGAAUGCACCAGUGGACGUGACAUCGGUUCCACAUGUAGUUUCGCCUGUAACGAAUUGACGACAAUGGAAGGUGAAGCAUCUGUCGACUGUAUCGCUGAUGAAAUAAGCGGAGAGCCAGUUUGGUCGGAUGAGUUUCCAAAAUGCAAACCGCUCUGCCGCCAAUUGCCCAAGACGGAAGCAAAACUAAUUUCCUGCGAUAAUGGCAACAAUGCCGGUUCAAUUUGCACGGCCGAGUGUGCUGACUUGGGUUACCAACUGGCCGGAAACGAGGCGGUCACGUGUUCCACAAGCAAAGUCAAAGUUGAUAUGGAGAAGGUGUUGUUGAGUAAUGAGUCGAACAGGAAGAGUUUCAAUGUGGAAGUUGAAGCAUUCGAAGAAGUUGCCGAGUGGGAUGGACUUCUCGGUGUUUGCGAAAGGACUCUCUGCCCUACUUUGGUGAUGAUCGAAAACGGGCAAGUAGCAUGCACGGGGAGCAAAUACGAAGACACAUGUGACUUUAAAUGCAACGACGGCUACAGUCUUGACGGGCCCGCCACGGUCACGUGCUUAUCGGGAAGUCGCUGGUCAUCGACUGUCCCGCGCUGUUUACCCAUUCCCGAGGAGGAACUCGCUGAUUGCCCGAUUUUGAAGACUAAUCCUAUUGUGCAAGCCGAAUGCACGCAAGGCAACAAGGUUGGCUCAUUUUGCGCCUUCUCCUGUCCGACCGGUUACAAACUGAUCGGAUCAACUUCGACCGAAUGUCUUGAUUCGGCUUCGUGGAGCGAAGAAGAACUGCCCGACUGCAAGGUGCGCAUCAUGAUCUCGAGAUGGAUUUCGAAUUUGGCGUUAGAGUACCAACCCAACUGGCGCUCCGCGGUUGAAAUAAGCGUCAUUCCACGAAAUAGAGAUGGAAAAGACGACGUGAUCGACGAGGUCGUUUGUGAAUUAAUGCAGUGCCAGAAUAUUGAAGAAUUCUUCGCAUGGAUUGAGGAGAAUGGAUAUCAACUCAGUGAGGCCGAGAGAGAAGAUGUUGAAUUUUGCUGCGAUGUUCCAGUUGAAGAAUAA